AUGCUGCAGCACGUGGAGUGGAUCCACGAUGCUCUUGUCAUUGAAGAACAAGGACAUAAAGGAGACCAAACAGGAGUGGACAAAUUUGGAAAGCACGUCUACGCUAAUCCCUACGAGCCGUCUCAAUACCCGAUACUCGCUAUUGGCGUGCAUUUACUUUGCUGUUCCUAUGCCCUUGGACAAGUGAAUGGACCCACUCCAGUGUCUGUGUAUCUUCGUAUGGGUCAAAGUAUGGGAAAGCUUAAAGACCGCUACAUCCAUUUUGGCGAAGGAGCAGAUCAAGUGUGUGGAAAAAUGAUUUUAGGACUGCCGUUUAAUUCCGAGCGCCUUGGGGUGCUCCCUCCUCGUUUUUCGACAGCGACAAUUUGCGAAAUGACAUCUUUGUACUGGGAAGGACUCGUUAGUGGUUCAACGAUUAUCCCCGUGGUGUAA